AUGGAUGAGAACCUUUUCCCAUCCUCAAAUCCCCUAAAGCCCUUGCGGCGACACGGACCCGACUCGGACGUGCAAUACACGCUAUGGAGCGAAUCCUACGUUGCAGAUCAAUUCUUUGAUGUUAUUGAUGUAUCUUUAUUGCCGAAUACCCCCCCGGAACAGCAUGCAAGCUGGUGUGGUCACACGCCUAUUACAACUGCUCUCGAUGAUCUCCCUCCCCAGAGCCCCUCUUCAUGUCGGAUGUAUUUCAUCAGUAACAUGGGCGAUUCCACAGAAUUCGCCAGUCACCUGGACAGCUUGAUCGGACGCAGCAUGCCGACCUUUGUGACUGAGGUCCCCUCUUCAAUGCUAUCGGCACGUCGACGGUCGUCUAUUCUGUAUGUGAUCACAAACCCUGCCCACCGUUGUCUUACGUUCUUGUCAACUUACAUCACCCAAGGCCUUUUCUACUACCGAGCGGUCCAUUGCACCUAUCAACCCACCCAGCAGCAACCGUUUCAGGCUCGCCUUCAUGACGAGGUUGGGAGGUUCGUCAACAUUCUGAUGAACCUUGACUUGUCUUAUGGCGACCUAGAGGCAAUUGCUGUGGAGAAGGGCCUACAGCGACGUCUUCUGAUUCUGUCGAUUGUCCAUGCCCUGCUGCUCCAAUAUUCCAAGUUUCUCGACUCAAUUGAAACACGCUUCCUUUCGUUUGCCGAGAUGCACGCGCCAUGCCGCACCACUCUGAGCGCGACUCUGGUGCAGACCGUUUCAGAUGACUCGCACUUUUGGUGUCAACUCAUUCGUAUCAUCUCCCAGUUCACCUCGGAGGCCGGAACUCUGAUCGAGGCCUCAUCACUCGGCGAGAAUGCACAGCCGUCCCUCGACUUGAUAGAGCUUCUUCUUGAGAUUAAGACCAUCAAAGAUCAAGUCAACACGCGCGCCGACCGCAUUUCCAACCAGCUUCAGAGCUUUGUGAAGUUUUUUGGAGAUUAUGCGCGAUAUCCAAACAGCUUCGGACCUCAGGACGAUUAG